AUGAGCGAUAAUUUGAGGUCAAAGUUUCUUGAUGUUUACCAAAUCCUUAAAUCUGAACUCAUGAAUGACCCUGCUUUUGAUGGGAUUGACAUUUCUCGAAAAUGGGUUGACCAUAUGCUGGAGCAGGACAGCUCAGGAGAGAAGUUAAGUCGAGGGAUUUCUGUUAUUGACAGCUACAAGCUCUUGAAAGAUGGAAAAGAACUAACUGAUGAUGAAAUCUUUCUUGCUUCUGCACUUGGAUGGUGUAUCGAAUGGCUUCAAUCAUAUUUCCUUCUUCUUUGUGAAUAUUUGGAAAAGCAUCAUACAAAGAGAGAUUGGCCUUUAUGGUUCAAAGAUCCAAAGAUUCGCAUGAUGGCUGCUAAUGGUGGUGUUAUACUUCGACAUCAAAUUCAAAGAGUUCUCAAGAAGCAUUUCAGAAAUAAGAAGUAUUAUGUGGAACUCUUGGAUUUGUUUAAUGAGGUUGAAUUUCAGACUGCCUAUGGACAAAUGAACAGUCUGCUUACUGCUUUAGAAGAAGAAAAAGAUCUUUCAAAAUAUUCAUUGGAUCUUCAUCGCCGCAUUGUUCUGUACAAAACUGCUAGCUACUCAUGCUAUCUAUCUGUUGCAUGUGCUUUACUUAUGUCUGAAGAAAAUCUUGAUGAUCAUCUUAAUGCCAAAAGCAUUCUAAUUGACAUAGGAAAUUAUUUCCAAGUUCAUGUUGACUAUCUUAAUUGUUUUGGAGAACCUGGAAAUGGCAAGACUGGAACUGAUAUUGAAGAAUUUAAGUGUUCGUGGUUGGUUGUGAAAGCUCUAGAACUCUGUAAUGAUGAACAGAAAAAAGAGAAAAUACUGCAUGAAAACUAUGGCAAACAAGAUCCUGCUUGUGUGGCACAAGUUAAGGAACUCUACAAUGAGCUCAAUCUUCAGGGUGCAUAUGUCGAGUAUGAGAUGCAGAACUACGUACGGUUGAUCACAUCCAUUGAUGCAUAUCCUAGCGCGGCAGUGCAAGCAAUUCUGAAGUCAUUCUUGGCCGAAGUAUACAGCAAGAGGGCAUAA